AUGGCUAGCUUUAUUGUCAAGGCAGCCAAGAAGCAGACUGGAGGCCAGGCAGUGGAAAAACAUGGUAUCGUGAGAUCCACCGACGUUUUCAUCACCGCCUACUCAUCCCGUACCUCCAACAGUGACACGUCCCCUAACGCGUGCGCCUCCCCCACGCACACCUCCUCCUACGACAAUGUCACCACCUGUUCCACCUCCUCUGCCUACUCGGGCUACCCGGCCCCCACUGCCUCCACCUCCUCCUACUACUCGGGCUACCCAGCGACCACUGCCUCCUGUUACCACACCACCUUCACCUCCUCCGCCUUCUCCGACUACCCGGUCGACAAUGCCUCCUGCUACCACACCACCUCCACCUCCUCCGGCUACUCCGACUACCCGGUCCACACUGCCUCCUGCUACCACACAACCUCCUCCGCCUACUCCGACUACCCGGUUGACACUGCCUCCUAUGCCCACGCCACCGCCUGUACGUCCGACGCCUCCACCGAUUCCCCCACCGUCACCUGCACCUACACCCCCUACAACAACACUGCCUCCUGUUCCAACCACGUCUUCGCCGCCUCCUACUUUUCCCACUCCUAA